GUGUGGCCGUCGGAUUCAACGCCUCCUGUCUCUUUUAUUGUGAAAUGUGGAACCGGAUGUUUGCGUGCUGACGGCGUCAGUGCGGACGUGUCCAGGUGUGUUCCUGCCGCCAUGGGGCUGGUUUACUCUGAGCCGACCUGUCAGUCAGCGUAUGACGGAGACGUCCACCAGCUCUAUCAACUCCUCGACAGUGAUCCAGACAACCUGAAUGUUCAGGAGGAACACACCGGGGACACGCCCCUCAUCGCUGCCUGUCGCCGCGGCAACCUGAGGGUGGUGGAAUACCUGUUGGACAACCGGGCCGACGUCCACCUGACCAAUAAGAAACAGAGGACUUGUCUCCACUAUGUGUCCAAGAGAACUUUCUCUCUGCUGGAGUAUCUGAUGAUCGCCAUCCUGAUGCCCAUCCUGCUGCUCGGGUACUUUCUCAUGUUACAGAAACAGAGGCAGCAUGUCACUCUGAUGGAGGCCGUGCUGAGCAGCAGAGUCGACGUCAACGCUGUCGACUACAAAGGAAACACGGCGCUUCAUUACGUCUGUCAGAGGAAAAGUCACCGUCUGGUCCCUCUGCUGCUCGACAGAAACGCCGACGCCAACGUCGAGAAUCACGACGGAGAGACACCGCUGGACAUCGCCACCAGACUGAAGUUCAAAAAGAUCGUCAGCAUGCUGAGGAAGACACAAUGAUGGACAGACACGGAGACAGACAGACAGACAAUCGGUGAGAAAGACAGAGAAACAGUCAGUGAGACAGAGACAGAGGACAGACAGACAGACAGAGACAGGUGAGUAACGCGUCUCCACCGUUACUUCCUGUCUCUGCUCAUUUAAAGUCACCUGACAGCUGUGAAGCUGCAGGAUGAAUGGAAGCUCCAGCUGUGUGUCCCUGCUGUGUGUUGCUGAUUGAACAGGCGUAGAAGACGUAGACAUUGUGUCGGCGUGUCUCAGUGACUCACCUGUAAUAAGAACGUCGUAAGAGGACGGUCAGAGGCUUCAGUGAUGCACCGUAAUACAGUCACUAGGCAUGUACGUGAUGGUUGAAGGUCUUCUCAAACCCCUGCCUGUGGCCCAGACCCCAGACCCCUCUGGAUCGGCACUUUACUGAAGUGCAAGGUUUCUCCCUUUUAAAAACACCUUCACUGUCAUAGUGGUGGGGGUCAGGCUGUCUGACUACACCAGCAUGUGGAGCUGUUGAAAGGUGGAGGUUGUCUCUUUUAAUGGAGCUAGGCUAACAGUUCCCCCCCGUUUCCAGUCUUUGUGCUAAGCUAGGCUAACCACGUCCUGACCCCAGCUCUGUAGCGAACACUCAGACGUGAGAUUAACGUCUGAUUAACGAGAUGGAAUAAGAGUAGAAAAGUAGAAAGAGUGCAAGUGAACUUGUGAGUGUAAAAACUGAAAAACUGUCACAGAUCAUCUGAUUCGUUGAAAAUCAAACCUUUAUUCCUCUGUCAGCCGGUUGUUAAUAAAACUGAAAUGAAACAGAAA